GGUGUUUCUCCACAUUUCCUCCCGUCGCGAUAAGCUGCCGGUUUUAUCUGAGGUUAUUUGCCGCAUUUACAAGCACAUGUGGGCCAGAGUACUCUUGUCAGCCAAUUGCAAUCGGUAGAGACUGGGUGUCUCGAGAAAUUGGCAGGAUUCCCCGGCAAGUGUAUCCAGGUACGGAUCUAGUCGACAUUACAGACAAGAGACGACACCUCAAUUGCACUAAUAUUUCACUUCAACAAAUAAAGCCAGACCACUAUCAUUCACGUUAUUAUUUCUUCAAGACCUCUUUCUUUUGUCACUCAAGUCAUAGGUGUUUGCCUAGUGUGAUAAAGACAAAAUGUCUCGCAUCUUCAUAACCGGCACGACAGGAUACAUUGGUGGAGAUGUUCUGUAUGCUCUUACAGAAACCUUCCGCUCCUCAAAGAUCAUGGCACUCGCGCGGAAUGAGAGUCGAGCCUCUCUGAUUACAAGCAAAUUCCCCUCGGUGAUUCCGGUAAUUGGAGACCUUGAUUCGACAACCCAGAUUGAAAGCGAGGCCUCCGAGGCCGAUGUUGUCCUCCAUCUGGCAAGCACCAAUCAUCUUGCCAGCGCCAGCGCCAUCGCACAAGGCUUAAGCGAAAGCAAACGCCAAAGGCCAGUUUGGAUCCAAAUCUCCGGAGCAAGCCUCCUCUCUGGUCCAGACAUUGCAACUAAAGCGUAUGGGGGAGCUCGCUCACAAAACUACGAUGACCUACAAGACAUCAGUGAAAUCCGAAAUAUCAUCGCCUCAUCCCCCAAACGCACCGUCGAUAAUCUCCUUCUGAAUCUCUCUGCUACACAACCUCAAGUCCGAACAGCCAUCAUAUACGGCCCUUUGAUCUAUGGUUUGGGUCGAGGCCCCGUUAAUCAACGAAGCAUACAACUUCCGGACCUGGCAAAAGCAACCCUUCAGCACGGUCAUGGGGUCCAAGUUGGGAAAGGUCUCAGCUGCUGGAGCAACAUUUACAUCUCAGAUCUGGCACAGCUAAUUCUGAGGUUGGUUCAAGAAGCAGCCUGCUCUGAGGAUCCAUUGUUAUGGAAUGAGAACGGGGUUUACUUUGCUGAGAAUGGAAAGCUGCCGUUCGGGAAGAUUUCGAAACGAGUGUCUUCGUUUGCUUUUGAGCAGGGCUUUAUUAAAAGCCCUGCUGUUCAGGCUAUCGAUGCAGAUGCAGCAGAUAGGUUGAUUGCACAUGGUGCCGUGCUGUGGGGCACUAAUGCUCAGUAUAAGGCAACUCGGGCGCGAGAGCUGCUGGGCUGGAAGCCAUCGGGUCCCAGUCUGGAAGAGGAGAUUCCUAGAGCUAUUUUGGAGGAAGCUUCACGGCGCAAUUCUAAAAUUUAAGGGUAUCGCAACACGCUAGCACAGGUGUGUAUAAUGAUGUCAUUUAUCGCAUGCUAUCUGUGCUUUCUGUUUUCUCUCUUUUUAUACUGUGUUGACACAUACUGGCAAAUGGUUUUGAGAAUUUAAAUUAGAAUUUGAUCAACCUCAUUUAUAAUCAUGCAAUCAAGAACACAAUACAAGAAGAGACAAGGGG